GUUCUGGGCCAAAACAAGAGCCCGCUGAUCCUGCAGGUCCUGCCUAAUCUGGCUGAAGGAGUCAAUAACACUGGAACCAUUGGUGACCUCGUUUGGGGAUUGAUACCGCCUCCGCCACGCCCUCGGUUACUCCACCAGACUAACCGCUCCAGGCGAUUGAAUUGAAGAAGGUGCUUGUGGCCCCACCCCCUGAGUGGGACGCCGUCAACAUGGAGGCCACUUAUCCCCCGGGUUACACCCAACAAGAAGUCGAUGAAAUGAACCAGCAGCUGAACCAAACGCGUUCCCAACGCGUGCGGGCCGCCAUGUUCCCCGAGACCCUGGAGGAGGGGAUUGAGAUCCCCUCCACCCAAUUGGACCCGGCCCAGCCUACGGCCGUGCAGCGAUUGGCCGAGCCCUCGCAGAUGCUGAAGCACGCCGUGGUCAACCUUAUCAACUACCAAGAUGAUGCGGAUUUGGCCACGCGCGCCAUUCCCGAGCUCAUCAAACUCCUGAACGACGAGGAUCAGGUGGUGGUCUCCCAAGCCGCCAUGAUGGUUCACCAGUUGUCGAAGAAGGAGGCCUCCCGACAUGCCAUUAUGAACAGCCCGCAAAUGGUGGCGGCCUUGGUCAAGGCCCUGUCCAAUUCCAGCGAUCUCGAGUCCACCAAAGGUGCCGUGGGCACUUUGCACAAUUUGAGCCAUCACAGGCAAGGACUCCUGGCCAUUUUCAAGUCCGGUGGGAUUCCAGCUUUGGUCAAGCUCUUGAGCAGUCCCGUGGAGAGUGUACUUUUCUACACCAUUACCACCUUGCAUAAUCUCUUGUUACACCAGGAGGGCUCCAAAAUGGCCGUGCGAUUGGCUGGUGGCAUCCAAAAGAUGGUGGCUCUGCUUCAACGGAAUAAUGUCAAAUUCCUGGCCAUUGUCACGGAUUGCCUGCAAAUCUUGGCCUAUGGUAAUCAAGAGAGCAAGCUCAUUAUUCUGGCCAGUCAAGGUCCACUCGAGUUGGUCCGAAUCAUGCGAUCCUAUGAUUACGAGAAGCUUUUGUGGACCACAUCCCGGGUCUUGAAAGUGUUGUCGGUAUGCUCGAGCAAUAAACCUGCCAUUGUGGAUGCGGGUGGUAUGCAAGCUUUGGCCAUUCAUCUCGGCCAUGCCAGUCAAAGGCUCGUCCAAAACUGCUUGUGGACUUUAAGGAAUCUCUCCGAUGCUGGAACCAAAAUCGUAAGUCAAUUCAAGCCAAACCCCACCCGUAUUGGGGCUCUCUUUAAGCUUGUUUCCUUUCCAUUCCAGGACAACAUGGACAACUUGAUGCAGGGUCUGGUCCAACUUUUGGGCUCAAACGAUGUGAAUAUCGUGACAUGUGCGGCCGGAAUCUUGUCCAAUUUGACUUGUAACAACCACAAGAACAAGGUGGUGGUGUGUCAAGUGGGCGGGAUUGAGGCCCUAGUUCGAACCAUUAUCGCCGCUGGUGACCGAGAAGAGAUCACGGAGCCCGCAGUGUGUGCCCUCCGACAUCUGACCUCACGACAUCCUGAAUGUGAAGUGGCUCAGAAUGCGGUUCGCUUGCAGAGCGGUCUUCCCACCAUCGUGCGACUCAUGCAUCCCCCAUCGCGAUGGCCUUUGGUCAAGGCCGUCAUUGGGCUGAUCCGAAAUCUGGCCUUGUGUCCCGCCAACAGUGCUCCCUUGAGAGAACAUGGCUCGAUUCCGCGAUUGGUUCAUCUCCUCAUUAGAGCAUUCCAAGACACUCAAGGGCGGAACCGUGGUGGGCAAUCAGCCGGAUCUUACGCUGAUGGCGUUCGUAUGGAGGAAAUUGUCGAAGGCACGGUGGGAGCACUCCAUAUUUUGGCUCGAGAAGCCAAUAAUCGUGCCAUUAUCCGCGGAUUGUCUGUGAUCCCGAUUUUUGUGCAACUUCUCUACAACGAGAUCGAGAAUAUCCAACGCGUGGCUGCUGGGGUUCUUUGUGAGCUAGCAGCUGACAAGGAAGGCGCUCAAAUGAUCGAAAGCGAAGGAGCCACGGCUCCGUUGACGGAACUCCUUCAUUCCCGGAAUGAAGGUGUGGCCACAUACGCCGCUGCUGUUCUUUUCCGUAUGUCCGAGGACAAAGGAGGGGAAUACACCAAGCGAUUGUCCCAAGAGCUCAAGAGCUCGCUGUAUCAACGUGGAGAAGCUCCCAAUAAUCACGAAUUAUGGAACGGAGAUUUGCCCCCACGUGACCUUCAGGAGUUCCUGGGUCAAACCGAGAAUCCCUACAGCCCUGGAUCGGUGGCCAGUGGUCCCCGCAGUUAUCAAGGAUAUGAUGGGAUACCACCAAUAGAUGCCAUGCACGGACUGGAUCUCAAUGGAGGCUCGGGAGGGUCCUUGUAUGCGAAUAACAAUGGAGGAGGAGGCGAUACGAGCAGCCAAUCGCCGCUUCACGGCGGCGAUAAUGUCAACUACGAUCCGGAUCUGCCCAGCCCUCCGCAAGACAACAACCAAAUGGCGGCUUGGUACGACACGGACUUGUAAUUAAGAUGUCACACAUGUUUUGUAUUGCUAUUAUUCCAUAACGAUCAAUCACCUUUAUACCCCCAUAUUCAACAUUAUUGCUAUUAUCUUCAUUAGUUUGUUUUAGUUCUGCGCUACUUUAGAGUACUUACAAAUAUUUAUCGCAUGUUGAUUUUGUUUCAUGGACUGUUCUCGAGUGUACCAAACUUUAACAACGCUCCUCCUCUCUUGGCAAGUCCAGAACUUGUAAAUAAUAAUCUUGAAUCAAUCACAGCCCCCCUUUCCCCGUCUAUUUCGGUUCUUUAGAGAUGCCCUUAUUGGUUGUCGGUUAUCGUACGUACUAUAUACAUUGUGUGUAGAAAGUUAACACUAUCCUAUUUGAAAUACAUAUCUUUUGUCAAACCA